UAAACAUAUGAGAUCAGAAGAAUGAGUAGAAAGGAACUGAUCAGCAUGCUGACCCAAACCGAACCAGAGGACUCAAACCAAACCAAAAAUAACCAGAUCAAGAAAAACAAACUAAAAGUAACGGGAACUGAUCUGAACAGAACUAAGUUAAACAGAAAUGAUCUGAUCUGAACUAAACUCUGGGACAGAGUCGCUGCCACUGCAGCUAACCAUCAACAGGUCUCAGGGCAGAAUUACCGAGCGGUCCUUGAACGCAGCAUUCAGAGGCGGCUUGAAGCCGCAGCUGAACGCAGGUCUCAGUGAGUUUCUAACUCCACCAGUCUUCAGGUGGACCAUCUCCCAGCUGCGCGGUGACUCCUGGAUCCGGACCGGGAUCUUUCCUCCUUUUACCUGAGCUGAAAUAAAGACCUGAGAGUCCAGAGAAGAUCAAGAACAUCUCGCCAGAAGAACCCUCUGCCCGCCCACUGCAUGGUUGACCUCCUGGAUGGUUCUUCCUCCCGUUAGUCACUCCACAUCACUGAAGAUCACUCAGAAGAUGCUGGCUUUGGCUGCAGGCCCGCAGGCAGCAGGGCAUCUCAGAGCCAGAAGAUCUCCAUCUCCUUUGAUACCAACAAUGUUUCUACUCUUGAUGCUGUGUCUGCAACCUUCAGAGUCCAGAACUGAUCCAGAAACCAGACCCUGGAGUCAGACUGGGCCACGGCUGCAGCUCUCACACUCAGAUCUAAGGAACGGCUCAAUGGUCUACUGGGAAGGUGGGGUCAGUGGAGGCUAUCAGGUCCUGCUGUUAGAUGAAGAUCGAGGCUGGCUUCUGGUUGGAGGGAAAGACCACAUUUACCUGCUGAGCCCCGACAAUCUGGACCGCCCUACGCAGAAGAUCCACUGGCCCGCAGCUCGAGAACACGUGGAGCACUGCAGGCUGGCAGGCAAAAGUCUGGAGAGAGAUUGUGCCAACUUUGUGCGUGUGCUGCAGCCUUUCAACAAGACUCAUGUUUACAUUUGUGGUACCGGUGCUUUCCAUCCACAGUGUACAUACCUGCAGCUCGGCCACAACCCUGAGGAGCCGUUGUUCAAGUUGUCCCACACAGUCGAGUCAGGACAAGGAAAAUGUCCCUUCAGUCCCAGGGAGACCUUCACUGCCAGACUGACCGAUGGUGAUCUUUAUGCUGGCACUUCGGUCGACUUCAUGGGAGCCAACGCAGCCAUAUUCCGCACAUCAGUUCAGGGCAGCAGUCAGCAUUACAUCCGCACUGAGGCCUACGAUCACAACUGGCUUAAUGAGCCGGACUUUGUGGGCUCCUUCUCCAUUCCUGACACCCACAGUCCAGACGAUGAUAAAGUUUACUUUUUCUUCAAGGAGAAGGCCGUGGAGGCCGGCCAGUGGGACAAGAGGGUCUACAGCCGAGUGGCUCGAGUCUGCAAGAAUGAUGUUGGUGGGAAGAGGAGCCUGAUCAACCGCUGGACCACCUUCCUCAAAGCCAGAUUAGUUUGUUCUGUUCCCGGUCCAGCUGGAGUCGAUACUCACUUUGAUGAGCUGGAGGAUAUCUUUGUUCUGGAAACCAAGGAUCCUCAGAACCCGACCAUCUACGGCGUCUUCAGGACCUCCAGUUCCAUAUUCCAAGGCUCAGCUGUGUGUGUCUACUCCAUGGCGUCCAUCCGUGCUGCCUUCAAUGGACCAUUUGCCCACAAAGAAGGUCCUGACUACCGCUGGGUUGAGUACAAGGGCCGCAUCCCCUACCCGAGACCUGGAACUUGUCCGAGUGAGACGUACGACGCUCUGCACAAGUCCACCAAGGACUUCCCAGACGAGGUGGUGAGCUUCAUGCGGCAGCAUCAGCUGAUGUGGGAACCCAUCCUGCCUUUGGGUGGCCGACCCGUCCUGACCCGGGUCAACUCCCCCUACCUGCUGAAGAAGGUUGUUGUGGACCGAGUGGAGGCUCAGGAUGGACCGUAUGAUGUCUUACACCUGGGAACAGAUGAUGGGAAGGUGGUGAAGGCUGUGUCUGUCAUCAAAGACAACUGGGAAACAGAGGAGGUCAUUCUGGAGGAACUUACUGUGUUCCAGACUCCCACUCCCAUCCUGAGCAUGGAGCUGUCGACUAAAAGAGAGCAGCUGUACGUGUGCAGCGAGCUCGGCCUGGUCCAGCUGGGGCUGCAGAGGUGUGAGUUCUACGGGACCGACUGCGCUGAGUGCUGCCUGGCCAGAGACCCAUACUGCUCCUGGGACGGACAGACCUGCUCCAGAUACUUCCCCACCAGCAGGAGGCGAGCUCGCAGACAGGAUGUGAAGCAUGGAGACCCCUGGAGUCAGUGUCCAGUCACAGAGGAAGAUCCAGACUCUGUGGAGGUGAAGGUGGUGUAUGGUGUUGAAGGAAACUCCACGUUCCUGGAGUGCGUUCCUCGGUCGCUGCAGGCUGAGCUCAGCUGGACGGUGCAGCUGUCAGAGAGUCAGCAGAAAACUGUCAGACAGCUCCCUCUCAAUGAUGAGGUCCGCUUCCUCCGCAUGAAGAGAGGGUUGCUGGUUCAACACCUGGAGGUGGCUGACUCAGGCCUCUACACCUGCAGCAGUCAGGAGCACUCCUACAGCCAGGUCCUGGGCCGGUACCGAGUUCAUAUCAUCCCCAACCACAGCCUGCAUGUGGCCCGCUACCUGCUGAACCUCAGUCCCAACGACCCGGACCUCCUGAGCCUGGUGAGGACCGGUCCAACUGGAGGAGUCGCUGCUGGGUUUCUUGGUCAGUCUGAGGACACCUCUCUGCUGGGACACAGGAACUCAUGGCUGCCUCCUCUGAGGAGCUACAAAGACCUGGAGAUGGUGGGAACCAACAGUCUGAGCGUGGACGAGUACUGCGAGCACCUGUGGUACCGGGAGAAACGCAGGCAGCAGAAACUUCGCACUCUGAAGCUGAGACAGGAGAGCCGGAAAGCUCGGGUCAGGAGGAACAACCCCCCUGAGAUCCCCCUUUAGUCCUCCGAAGGACUCAGGGACUUUUUAAGGACAACAGAACCUGCAUAUCCAGGUGGGACAGACGGGUCGCAUGGAGACAGGAAGUACUGUAACAUCAGCUGCUUCACAGUAUUAUUCAGCCUUAAAAUAUUAAAAAGGGAAGUGAUGCAUCAGAUCAUAACUAUCUUAAAGCUUUUCUUCAGCCAUUCUUUCAAACCCUUAAACUAAUCUGGGCUCAUUUAUAGAACCAAAUUGUAGAUCUUUGUCUCUUGGACCACACCGGUUCUGUUUUCAUAAAGGCCAGAAAUAUCUCCUCACUCAUGCCUCACAUAUUGUUUCCAUCACUGCUGCUGAUAUCUGUGGGAAACAGUCUGAAGAAAACUAGACAGUUUCAUAAAAAUCCCAAUGAAACUUUUAUUCUGAAAGUCCAACUAAAACUGCUUCCUGUUUGCUAAUUAGGUUCCAAUCAGAGAUAACAUGAUUUCUGAACAUUUAUUGAGGGCAGCCAUUUUUAAUUACUAUGAGGUGAAGAAGCUGCUGAGUGAAAUAAGAUCCAGAGAACAGAGACAAAAUCCUGAGUCACUGGUUGCUAUGGUCCAUAGUGGGAGGGGCAGCCCGCAGCAUCACUGUUUUGACCAAACAAGCAGACAGAAACAAAAGCAAAGAUUUAAUCCUGAACCAAACAGUCUCUGAACAACACAUCUGAGUCACAUUGAAAUAAUUCCUGAACCCUGAGCAGCAGAACUUUCUGAUGGACCCAAUGGUUCUGUUUUGUGUCCACAGAAAACCAUCAAUCUGAUAACAGUGGGGGCAGCACCGAAUGAAAGUGUACAAAAAUACAUACAUAUGGUUAAAACUAUGGACACAAAAGUCAUUUAAAUCAAAACGUUUCUGAAUAUUUUCUAGAGUUUGAAUCUAGAUUGGAUGACAUCAUCAUAAGAUUCUUUGGUAAAACCUCCAAAAAUCAUCCAAUUUAAACUGGGAUUGUGUUAAAAACCAUCAAACACAUCAUGAACCCAAUCCCCAGAUUUUCUCUGAAGCAUUUCUGUUUCAGCAUUGAUAGAUUUUCACUAAUGUUUAACAUUUAUUAACAACUGAGCGGCUAGAAAACCAAACCUGAGAUGUGAGUUUGAAUCCCUGAAAUCCAGCUUCUUCAUUUGGGUUUUUAGAAGGAAAAACUUUAAUUUACUGAUAAACAUGUUUCUGUUUGUGCUUUAAAGUGACAGAACCUUAAUCCCAAACGACCUGGAUGUUGUAGAACCUGAUAAGCAGUUCUGUUUGUGCUGAAUGGAAAAACUGCACCUCAGAGAUAAAACUGUUGGGAUUAAAAGUCUUCAAACCUUUUAGCUGUUAGAAAACGAGCCACUUUAAAGCCGGCAGGGAGUUUUAUUUGUUCAUUUCAAACAGUAAAACUGCUGAAGGUUCCUGCAGGAAAAAGCUGCCGAGAAGAAUGAGACUCGGUCCAGAUCCAUGAUAAAUGUCUGUUAAAGAUUCACUCAGAAACUUUUCCUCCUUUAGAAACUGAAAGAUUUCCUCCAUUUCCAUCAGAAUUAGGACCAAACUGUGUUGGACUUUCUCAUUAAUAAGCUGUUGGAUUUUAUGCAACAUUUAGUAUGAAGCUAAGGAUCAGGGGCUUUUCUCAUGAACGUCUUUUAAAUGAUGAACUCAAACCUUUUCUUCAUUAACAAACUUUGUUCAGUUUAACACAGAAACAUUUUAUAACCACAACUUUAACUGCAGCAACUAGAACCUGCUUUAAAAGCUUCAUAUUGAGCUAAAAUCUGUUUUCUCCAUGAACUUCUGUUUGUUCUGAGCUCCUUCACGCUGUGGAGGAAAUAAAAGCCUCAGUGAACAUGCACACAUGUGAUGGAUCUGGCCUUUUUAUGCAGAGCUCCUUCAGAUCCAUGAUCAUGGAAAAAUACUCUGUUGUUGAUGGUUUUCUUCCUUCCAGAAGAUUUUAGUUGAUUUUCUGUUUCUGUCACAGCUGUGAUGUUUUCAGAUGUAAAACAAAGUAAAGAUGUUUUGUAUGUGAAUAAACCACAAAUAAUAUCUGACAUUUAGAGUCAAAUAAACUCAAAUAUAUAUUA